AUGCCCUGUCCGCCGGUCGUUCUAGUGUGUAUGGGAUGUUUUGACCCCGUAACCCGUGCGCACAUUCUACUCGUGGAAUAUGCACAUGACUGGUUAGCGCAUGAGAAGCGGAGUAUUACACGUAUUUUGUUCAGCCCUGCGCACGACAACUACCCCUAUAAGCGUCUGGCCCCAAGUAUUCAUCGCGUUGCGAUGUUACGAUUGGCUAUUGCAGAGUCCAAGCUCUCGCAUAUAAUGGAUGUCGAUACAGGGGAAGCAGAGUGCACACAAGGGUACCAACCGACCUAUGCCAUAGUCGAAAAUUUGAAGCAACGUUACGAUGGAGCUCAGAUUUAUAUCGUAGCAGGAAUGGAUCUGCUGUAUUCUCAAUGCGAUGAAAGGACGUGGAAUCCCGCCAAUGUUAAAAGGCUCUACUCAUUGGUGUCUGCGGUAAUCGUACCUCGGGAUGGUGGUGCAGGAGGAGUGUCUCAGAAGAAGGUUAUUGACAAAGUUAAACAACUCUCCUACCUUGAUGAACCGUACCGUAAUGGACGAAUCUUGAUUUUGAACAAGUCCGUCUCAGAAAUCUCUAGUACUGCAGCUAAGGAGGCCCUUCGGCGAAGGUCCGGGACCAUGUGUGUAGACUCUGUGCAGCAAUACAUUCUUAACAACGCUCUGUAUUCCGCACCCCCUAGUUUCCAAUAA